UAGAGGUAAUAUAAUUCAUUUAUUUUUCACAAGAUUAGAAUAUAAAUACAUAUUAAGUAAGAAAAAAAUUAACACCUGAGACAAUGCCCGAACCACGCACUAACUAUAUAAACAGUUGAACAUAAUUAUAAAAUUAAAGAAGUACACAAACUAACAACCCGGGGCACACACUAGUUGUACCAUUAAUUGAAAGAUUAUUUUGAUUAGUUCACAUGCUAAUUAGCAUAAUUAGUUUGUUAAUGAUUAAUUACUCAAUUCGUCUAUUUUUAUUGUUCAAUUUUGUUUAUUUAAGAUUGUUCAACUUUGUUUAUUUAAGAUCACAAAAAGAUUUCAAGUAGAAACAACAAUAAGAGAAGGACAAAAUGCAUUUACUUUUUUUUUUUUUUUUGAGGGAAAAUGCAUUUACUUUGUUUGUAAGCAAUAGUCUUCGAUAAUUCCGAAUUCUUGUCGUGCGACAAGGGCAAGAACGUAUAACUUUGGCUGGCUUGAUCAAAUACCUUACUUGCUUUUGGAACUUUAAAUUUUUAUAGCAUUAUUAUGGAACGUACGUAGCAACCUUUCCUUGCAACUCAAGGCAACCUUAAUUAGACCAUAUACAAAAUAAAAUUAAACAACUAGAUGAUCGUUAUAUGAAUCCCAAGUUAGUUCAUUCAACAACCUCCUAGACUGUUACAAAGGUGCAAUCAUCUUCCCAAACUAAGGUAAAUCUAAUUUAAUUCCCCAUGACAAUGGAAGCUACUCAUCAAAAAGAAGAAAAUGCGACAACGGUAAUGCUAAAAGUGGGUCCAUUUCCAAGUCCAAAUAGUCAAUAUUAUCCAAGAAGCAGUGAUGAUGGCAAGACAAUAGUAGUUGAUUGGGAUGAAAAGGGAAGAACGAAAAUUGCUCAAAUGUUCAUAUCAUAUGACAAUAAUUAUAAAAUAUCCCUUUCAUUCCAAUACAUUGAAGAUGGCCAAUUGAUUCUUUCUCCUAUAUUUGGCUCCCAAUAUCUCGAUGGUCACAACUUUGAUACGGUGACGUUCAUGGAAGGCGGAGAUAGUGAGUACAUCACACGAGUGAGUGGGCAUCAUGGUCGUAGAGACCAGAGAGGGCGUGGAUUGAUGUCAUUGACAAUCGAAACCAAUAAAGCUGCCUACGGCCCGUUUGGAAGUGAUUCGAAACACGUCGAUAAAUUCAGCUUUAGCUUGGGACGGGGUGAUCAAUUUGGUGGAUUUCAUGGCAGCUCUUCCUCUGACAUUGUUACAUCCAUUGGAGUUUAUUUGAAGCCUAUCCAAAAUACGGUUACCCUUGUUAAAAGAACUCAUCUUCCUAUUGAAAGUGUUUGGGUCCAAUUUAGUCCAAAUUGGGCCUAAGCAC